GUUUUUGAAGGAAUACUCCGAGUAAGUAAUUUGUACUUGCAACUUUGUGAAGUUGGCGAGAUCGACUACCUAACAUGGAAAACAAAAUUUGAGUGUAGCAAAAUUGAAAGGUGUAGAGAAGAGUUGUUAAAGAACAUUGAUGAAACCUGUAAAACAAUGGAAAACGACUUGAAGGAAUGGAAGGAAAAUAUAAAUGGUGAAAGACACAGGUGCUAUUUUUUAAACCAUUUUACAAUGAAACAGAUCUUGAAUUUGAGAAAAGAGUUAGCAAAAGCUUGCACUGGCAAGGUGGCGAUGGACGAACUACCAUUACAGACUUUUAUGCUCCUAGAAGCUGUUAACAAGAUUAUUGAUCCUUUGCUUCUUGCAAAUGUUUUAAGAAAAAUGAUACCUGAGAACUCCAUAUUUUUGACAGAGGAAGGUUUUAAAGAUGAGCAAAAAUAUUUUGCAAGUGACACAGAAGGUGAGGAAAUUCUGAUGGAAAAUGUCGAAGAAGAAAUAGAUGUGAUUCAGCCAAUCAUGCGAAAACGGAAGAAUUCACUUGAAACAUUUACUGCUGCAAAAGAAACUCUUGAGGGUAUGUCCAUGAAUUAUAGUGAAGAAUAUUUACUAGCUGCUUUAGAACAUUGCGGUCGGCGUGCAACAGAGGACGAACUUGUUGCCUGGGUUGCCUCUGAUGAUUAUGAUGAAGAAACUGUUACAAUGUUGUGUGAAAAAGCUAAGAAAAACCCACGUUUGUCAGAUCUGGUGAAAGAUGUCUUUGGUCCGGAAUUCCAGGCUAUAAAUGAUGAAGAAACAUUUUUGUGUAAUAUGACUGCAAAUGAAAG